ACCCAUAAUUACAUAAAAGUGUUUCAAUAUUUCUGUUGUCGACACGAAGAGAAAAGGUUCAAUAAAAAUUACGUGGAAGUCCAAUAAAAAAUCCGGAAGGUCCAGUAAAAAGCACGAAACGCUCUGUUAUUAAUAUCUACACCCUCCGUAAUGUUUAUCGGAUCUUUGCUCUCACUUUGCGAAUUCCGAAACUCGCAAUUUUAAUCCAACUAUUUUGACCUCCGCAGGACAGUUAUCACCGUAACUAAAAUAAAUCUAAUGCCGGAAUGCAUUUAAUGAAUGGCAUUCCACCCCAUUCCCCGGUCCGCUGAAAACGAAAAGCGCAACAAAAUUUUCGCACGUUAUGAAUAGCAAAUUUAUAAAAAUAUUUUCGUGAAAUUUAAUGAACCCGUAUGAUGUGCAUAAUGCGAUGCUCCAAUUACUAAGAAGCAGGGACAUCUCAGUUUCGCACAUUGUAAUACGCAUGCCCGUAUCCUUCGACUUUUCGAGUGCAAUUUCAUCGCAUCGCAAAAUGUCCAUGAACCACCGGCUACAAGCACAUGAGAGCUAGAAUAAUACCCCAACCGAGUGAUGUUAAUCAACUCAUUGCCCUCGGAUAAUCACCUCGAACUGAAUCCAGUGCAUCAUCUGGUCGAUUCAGCAUCCACCUGUCAGCUGCCUCGGCAAAUGUCGCCAAAUAAGAGCGAGGAGCUUGCGCUAUAAAGGACAUCAGGGAGCAUGGCGGACAAUAGAUAUAUUCGACGACAUCUCUUCGUUCUCCUCGUCCUCUGCGCUAUUUACACUGUCAAGUCCAGGCAUAUGAUCACAAAGAGGAAUUACAGCGAUCAGAGUGUCCGAGGUUACUUGGCCGAGCGAACCUGCUGGUGGAACGAAGUGUGUAAAGAGGAAUUUCACAGUAAAUUCCGUUGUCGAUGUCCAAGAUGGUCCUACUGCAGAGCGCCAGGAAAAUAUUACGAUGCCCACUGUAGCAUAACACGAACUGGCUACAUUUGGACACAACCAGAGACGUCACUGGGCCUGGAGGUUGACAAAUAAAUCAAGUCCAUCACCUCCGACGAUUUUGACAUUUUUUUUUAUAUCAAAAAUAGCGAAUGACUAAAAAAGUGACUUACGUAGACAACACCCAACUGUAGCAAUGUUGACUUCACUGUCAGUUUUACUGCCUCACCAGAUCUUAA